GUCCGCAGAGCUGUAUGGGAACCCGCGGCCUCUUGGCAAACUACACGCAUUCCAAUCUGGCGACGCCGCCCUGAGGCGCGCACUGGCGUAAACACGGAUAGAAGCGAGAGAAACGCCGAGAGUCCCGGUGACACAUCACAUCUUUCGGAUUCCCACAGACUGCGGGUCAGCUACACGGCUCCGGCCGUGUGUCAGAGACACAGGGGUCCGGUUUCUAGACCUCGUGCUAAAAUUAGGGUGGCUUUGAGUCUGACGCAAGACAACUUUGUAGCAGCGGGGAACAAGGAUCCAUGGAAACGCGCCCAACACAUUCACUGCUAUUGAUGACAGAGUGUAUUUUUGGACUGUGUUGUCAUCAUUCGGUAACAACGAGGCCAAAGGCGUAUUGUAUAAAGGGAGGACGUUGAAAAUGCACUUGUACAGCAGCGCGUUAACACACUACCCAGGCUCCUCUCGAAAAGUUUCCGUAACUCUCACCAGUGUCGCCAAUAACGCAACAGCGACCAGUUCAAGUUAUUUGAAGGCAGUCGGAAACGCCGUUGUCGGAAACGCCGUUAACGGAAGCGAUAGAGAAGAGCACACGGAGUAUUCGUCUGGAGGAGAACAGACUGACGCGAACAUGCCUGCCUUUUCUUGUUACGAGGCCACUUCGAUGAGGCCGGUUUUUUACACUUCUACCGCGGAGAUUAUCAUCACGCGACCGGAUGGUGUGGAGAGGUCUGUGCCCGUUCACGUUGUGAACGAACCGCGCACAAGCCGCAGAGCUCUGGAAACGCACUUCAACCGGGUGUCCUACGCACUCAACGGAGAUGAACAUCACCAAUCUGUUUCCCCAUUGGAUUUUGUUCAUAGAAGAGAUGUUUUUGAGGAUGAGGAUGACGAGAGAAGUGAGAGAAAUUCAAUUCAAUACGAUAGGUUUUUUGAUGAUGGCAGUUACAGAGUUUGUGAGAAGAGACGCGAGCCAUGUUUGCAAAAUAAUGCCACGCCCUCCAAAACUUUUGAAGCUGUCCAGAAGACCUCACCGAAUUUAUAUGAAGAUCUUAAAGACCCCAAAAGACAGGAGAGCAUUGAAGACGACAACCCAAUGUUCGAGCUGCGCAUCCUUCAGGAACCCAACAAAAGUGAGGUCGACCACAAGGUUACCCGUUACCUGGCUGAAGUGGAGAAACAGAACAAAUACCUUCAUGACAGGCAGAAAUACCGCUUUCACAUCAUCCCAGAUGGGAACUGCCUGUACCGGGCCAUUUCAAAGGCGGCUUAUGGGGACCAGUCAAUGCACAAGGAGCUGAGAGAGCAAACCAUGCACCACAUUGCCGAUCAUCUGGAGGAGUUCAACCCCAUCAUCGAAGGAGACGUUGGGGAGUUUCUCAUAAAUGCGGCGCAAGAUGGUGCAUGGGCCGGCUAUCCUGAGCUGUUAGCCAUGAGUCAGAUGUUGAAUGUGAAUAUCUACUUGACCACUGGAGGUAGCGUGGAAAGCCCGACAGUAUCGACCAUGGUGCACUACUUGGGUGAAGAGGACUCAUCUAAACCAGCCGUAUGGUUGAGCUGGCUCAGUAAUGGUCAUUAUGAUGUGCUGCUGGACAGCUGUCAGCCCAACCCAGAGUAUGACGACUGGUGCCGUCACACCCAAGUACAGCGCAAAAGGGAUGAGGAGUUGGCCAAGUCCAUGGCAGCAUCCCUGUCCAAGAUGUACAUUGAGCAGAACGGCCUGCACUGAUACAGAUAGAGUCCAUCGCAGAAUGUACCUGGAAUACUGUAACUCAUUCUGAUGUUUCCAAAAGGAUUGCACUUUACUUACUCCUGUGAUUAUUAAAUGUUGCCUUAAUUUAUGACAUUUCUGUUCUUGUGUGUCUUCAUUUUUCCAUAAAUGUGUUGAAGUGCAGUGCACAAGAUGAUUUGUGGUGUGAUACGUAAAAUAAGGACUCUUUGAGUUUGAGCGAAUGUUUUUUAGCCUCAAUUACAUGUUGUCUACAAGAUUUUAAGGCUUGUAUGUAUACAUAUUUUCUGUAUAUUGUUUUGUAAUCUGUUGUCCAGAACUUUUGAAUGGAAUGUUGCACUUACACAAACAUUUCCAGCAGUUCUUAUCAAUGAUUGUGUGUGUGUGUGUGUGUGUGUGUGUGUGUGUGUGUGUGUUUUCUUCUAGUACUUCAUCUGCACAGUUGUGUUAUACACUUAAACUGAUGGUUCUCUCAUGUUUAAGUGCCUGAAAUCUAUUUUUGCAAAUAUGUAUUUUUGAAUAAAUUCUUUAAAGCAA